CGGAUCACAACCGUGCAUAUCAAGGCAGAUGGUCGAGAUUUUAGCUUCGAGUAAUAAGCGAGCGUCGUGUUCUAGCGGGGAGAAGGCCUCUCUCAUCUUGGACCUUUCAUUCUUCGACCUAGAACCGCUCUCUCGAUCGCUGAUGGCUUCGGAUAUCUCUAUAUCAGUUCCUUCAGAACAUAAUCGAUUUUCUCACCUGAGAACUGUGGAAUUCAUGGGAACAGAUAGACCUUGGCUAAAUCUUUAUGGCAAUAGGGUCAGACCUGUUGCUCCCUUUGGAAGUUUCAGCAGUAAACCAUACGUUGACCCUGCUCUAAUUCAUCGUUGUUUGCCAGAUGAAUUGCUCUUUGAGGUAUUUGCACGCAUGAGGCCAUACACUUUGGGAAGAGCGGCAUGUGUUUGUCGCAAAUGGAGAUAUACUGUUCGUAAUCCGAUAUUGUGGCAAAAUGUCUGCCUAAAGAUUUGGCAGAGUUAUGGAGCAGAAGCAAAUUACAUAAUCGUCCGAAGCUUGUACAAUGGUUCUUGGAGGAAAAUGUGGGUCCAGAGACCAAGAAUUCGAAAUGAUGGUCUCUAUGUUAGCCGAAAUACCUAUAUUCGUACGGGGGUAGCAGAGUGGAAAGUUACAAAUCCUGUCCAUGUGGUUUGCUACUAUCGCUACCUAAGAUUUUUUCCAAGUGGGAAGUUCUUGUACAAGAUAUCUUCACAAAAAGUUAAAGAGGUGGCUAAGUGCAUGAAUCAUGCUUCCAAGGCUGAAUGUGUGUUCAGAGGUGACUACAAGUUAACUGAAGAUCAGGUUGAAGCUGCUCUCUUAUACCCAGGCAUGCGACUUACUGUGCUAACAAUGCGUCUUAGGCUUAGAGGUACAACUAUGGGGGCAAACAAUCGGCUUGAUCUAUUGAGACUUGUUACAACUGGUGUAAAUGAAAAUGAAGUAAAUAGUCACGUAGAUGGCGUGCUUGGACUUGUGGAAGGUUGGGAAGAGGAUGAAACACAUGACCCUGAUGUACCUGCUAUUUCUCAUAGAAGGGGUUUGACACCUUUUGUGUUUGUUCCUUUUGAAGAGGCUGACACGUCAGUGCUGAAUCUUCCUGUUGACAAAAUGGACUAUUUUGUACCCGGCUAGUAUCAAGAUGCCAUGAUGUCCAUAUAAUAAUCUUAUUAUACCUGUUUCUGUCACUGCAAAGUCCUCGUCAUCUGUAUUUUCUUUGCCCCCCUCUAGGGAUCGAAAGGGGCUCCAUUUUGUUUGUAAAUAUAAUAAGCCUCAAGAUGGAUUUCGUUUUACUUUCCCUAAGUUCCAUUGUAUGUUGUUCGUUUCCCCUUGUGAAUAUGGUAGUAUUGUCACCAGUAUAUAUUGCCUUGGGGUUAAUGAAUGUAUUACGUUUAGAUGCAACAAUUUUGUAAAGUGCCUUUUGCAACAAUUUUCCGCUUGAGCAUUUUGCCAAUAUAUAUCUGUUAUUAUUAUUA